CCUUCCUCUGCUCUGACUUUGACUCGUUCCUUAAAAACUUUUCACACAUAUCGAUAACCUUCGGCCAAACCGCUCCUGUUCCGGACAGAAAUGACAGUUCGUUCUUCGGGAACUCGUCUCCGUGGGCUCCUCUUCUGACAGCUGAUCUCCUUCAGCGAUGCCCCGGCCCCUUCUCUGAUGAGACCAUGAGGACCCACACCCGCGGGGCCCCCACAGUCUUCUUCAUAAGUCUGCUGUGGCCCCUCCUCACUCAGGCGGGGGCCACAUUGGACCCCAGCGGAGGAAUCCCCUUCAUGGGAGGCAACUACGAUGGCCAUCCCAUGCUGUUUUUCAGCCGGGGGGACGUGGAGGAGCUGCAAUACGCUGCCGCUGGGACUCAUCGGGAGAUGGCGAGGCGAAUCCGCGAGGCGGGGGAAACCAUGCUGGAGCACCCAGAGGAGUACCUGCCCCCCUGGAGCCCUGCAGAGUACAGUGCCCGCUGGAACGAGGUGUACGGAAACAACCUGGGGGUGCUGUCCAUGUUCUGCCUGCUGUACCCACACCGGGCGGGGGCUCUGGACCUGGCCAAGGACUACAUGGAGAGGAUGGCAGCUCAGCCUAGUUGGCUGGUCAAAGACGCCCCAUGGGAUGAGGUUCCGCUGGCUCACUCUCUGGUUGGUUUCGCUACUGCUUACGACUUCCUGUACGAGUACUUGAACAAAGGGCAACAGGAGCGUUUCCUUCAGGUGAUCGGCAACGCCUCGCGCCUUAUGUAUGAGAAGUCGUACGUCCGAGGAUGGGGGUUCCAGUAUCUGCACAACCAUCAACCCACCAACUGUGUGGCUCUGCUCACAGGAAGCCUGGUCUACAUGACACAAGGUUACCUCCAGGAGGCCUACCUGUGGACCAAGCAGGUUCUGUCCAUCAUGGAGAAGUCCAUGAUUCUCCUGCAGGAUGUGACAGAUGGUUCCCUGUAUGAAGGCGUGGCUUAUGGGACUUACACCACCAGAUCUCUAUUUCAGUACCUGUUCCUGGUGCAGCGUCACUUCGCCAUCAGCCACUUUGACCACCCCUGGCUCCUCAAACACUUUGCCUUCCUCUACAGAACCAUCCUGCCCGGUUUUCAGAGGACUAUAGCCAUUGCAGAUUCCAACUACAACUGGUUCUAUGGACCAGAGAGCCAGCUGGUCUUUCUGGACCGAUAUGUGCUGCGUAAUGGCAGUGGAAACUGGCUGGCAGAUCUGAUUCACCAAAACAGGGUGACUGAAGGUCCAGGGCAGGCCAGUAAAGGCCAGCGAUGGUGCACGCUUCACACCGAGUUCAUCUGGUAUGACCCAGGGCUGAUCUCCAAGCCUCCUUCAGAUUUUGGAACAACCCAACUCCAUUACUUUGAGGACUGGGGUGUGGUGACCUAUGGCAGCGCUUUACCUGCAGACACCAACCACACCUUCCUCUCCUUCAAGUCUGGGAAGCUUGGAGGUCGUGCCAUAUUCGACAUUGUCCACAAAAACAAGUACAAAGAGUGGAUCAAAGGGUGGAGGAACUUUAACGCUGGACAUGAGCACCCUGAUCAGAACACUUUCACCUUUGCACCCAACGGUGUCCCGUUUAUUACAGAGGCACUAUAUGGACCCAAAUACACUUUGCUGAACAAUGCGGUCUUGUUUGGCUCUGCUGUCUCAGGGAGUUGCUUUAAGCCAUGGGCUGGCCAAGUUACAGAAGCCUGCGACUCCAAAUGGUUGAAGUACAAGGUGGGGUUGGCGGCUGAUGCCCAGGGCAGAGUGGAAGCUGUGAUGGAGAGGCACGGAAUGGUGUUCAUCCGUGGGGAGGGAAGCUCUGCUUAUAAUCCAGAAUUAAAAGUCAGGAGCUUCCAGAGGAACCUGAUCCUCCUGCAUCCUCAGCUCCUGCUCCUUGUGGACCACAUUUACCUGGAUCCAGACAGUCCAACCAGAGCCAUGAGCGCCUUCUUUCACAACACAGAGCUGCCGUUCCAGGACACAAAGAUAGAUGGUGUUCAUGGGGCGUUUGUAACUCACGGUGAGGAAAAGUACAAGAUGUUCUGGAUGGACGACACGGGCUACAGUAACAAAGGGGUUGUUGGGUACUGGAAUUACCCUCGAGGGUACCCUUAUAAUGGUUCUAACUAUGUGAAUGUCACAAUGCCAUUGCGAUACCCUCACACCAGGGUGGCCUACAUUUUCUUUGGACCAGAGGUGGACGUUCAGAGCUUCAGCCUUCGUGGCGAUGACCAGAGAGUGGAUAUUUACUUGGCCACCAAGGACCACACUUACACCAUCUACCUACUGACUGGAGAGGUCACCAGCAAGCCUCUGUUUGCCAUGGUGCUGCUGGACCGCAAGAAGAUCGUAUUUGAGAAAUCGGCAGCCGUGAUGGACAGCUCACCUGAAGAAGUAGAGGAAUAUGUCAACGUGAUGGAAGACAACCUCCAACACGUCAAGCCCGUCUUCCAGCAGAUGGAGCGACACAUCCUGGGACGGGUCCUGAACAGUGCUAGCUUCCGCAAGACUGCGGAGCGCCUCCUCCAGUUCUCGGACAAGAAGAAGACAGAGGAGGCCAUUGAGAAGAUGUUCGCCAUGUCCAAGAAACAGGGCAAGGGCAAAGCGGGAAAGAGAGUGAACCUCGGGGAGAAGCUCUCAGAGACUCUACCUGACAUUUUUGCACAGAUUGAGUUGAGUGAGACGAAGGAGAGGCAAAGGACGUCGAAGCGUGUAUACGACGACAGUCCAGAGGAGGAAGACGCAGACUCUCGAGCUUUUAUAGAUUAUGCAGACGGACGCAAAAACAGAAAGGGGGGUGUUGUCAAGGGACGCAAAUUUAAGGAAGUUCAUAUGGUGGCGACGGCGGGGGCUGAGGGUCUGUCCAGCACAGCCUCCUACAUCCGACUGUUCCUCCUCAUGAACACCGCCACUUUCUUUUUGCUGCUGGCUGUGUUACUGACUCGCUUUCAGAGGGGGCGGAGCUUGCACACACAGAGGUGUUUCUACACCAUCCUCCUGAUCGACAGUUUCAUCUUACUGUACCUGUACUCGUCCUGCUCACACACACAGUGUUAGCGUCAAUGGAGUGGAGUCGAGGACGGUCGUCCAGUAACAGACUGUAGCUGUUGUUCACGAUGGACAAAAAGCAAAAAUCCACCCACACUUCAGUCUGAGCCAGAUCCUACAAAGCAGCAUUAGGGCCACUGUCAGGAAAAAAAGAGUUUUGUUUCAAGAUUUUCAGAAAGUGUUAAAACAAUAAAGUUAUUUUUGGGAAUAAAACAGUUGACAUUUUAACUGAAAAUUUUUAGAAAGAAAUUUAGUCAGAAUUUUUUUAAAUUUCUGAGAAAGACGCCAUUUCUAAAACAACUGAAUAUGACAUACAAUGUCAUGAUAAUAUUUAUGCUUUUUCAGACUAUAUUUAAGAACAAAUUUUCCCCUAAAUAUUCUGACACGAAGUGACUCACCAUGCACAAAUUGGUUUUGCAUAUUUAAGGCCCAUUUAUGUUCACUUUAGGUAGAUGUUUAAAAAAAGUCUUUUAUACUUCCACUAGCGCGUUGACCCAUGGGAUCCACAGGUUGUAGGUGUGGUAGUUUUUAUGCUGUUGUGUAUUCGUGCAUGCUGUACCGCAUUUGUCCAGCAGUCACCGCCAAAGUGUUCUGGGUAUAGCAACGGGAUUGUAAGGCUAUUGUAUUACAAAAUUACUAAUAUUUUCCAAAACAUUGAUCCUAUUAACUUGCCGUUUUCACUAGUCUCAUCCUCAACCAAAAAUACAUAAGUAUGUAAACCUGCAUCAGUCAGCUCUUUCCGGAUUUUGUGUGAAUCCCUGGACACACACGCACACAGAGGCCACUUGGCUUUUAUAAUAUAGAUUAUGUUUGAAUGAGCAUUUGGCACCAAUCCACCAGAGGGCACCACUCUGAAUUAACAUAUUGGCCAAAAAGAAGUGUAGAGUUUUUAGAGAAGGGGAAGAAAGUUAAUUACACAAUUACAAAUAUGGCAAUGGCAGAGGAGG